CAUCAUUUCAUUAUAACAAUUUCACUUUCAGACGAUAGUUUAUCAAAAACCUUGUAAUUUUUAAAAACUUUUAUAGUAUUUAACUAUAAUGCAACGAUUUCAACACAGUAUCGUUAUGAAAUAAUCAUUUUGCUUACAUUCAUAAUUCAACUAUUGUUAAAUAUCAAAUGAUGUAUGUUUUAAAAGUCAACUUUAUAAAUAUAUUUUUAUAAAACAAUUUCAAAGAAAUCCGCAAUGUCUGAAGUAAAAGGAACUAAAGCUUUAGAAUUAUGGUGUAAACGCUUAGUAAAAGAUUGUCCAAAUGUGCAAAUAGAUAAUAUGACGACGUCCUGGAGAAAUGGCAUGGCAUUUUGUGCUCUGGUUCACCAUUUUAGACCUGAUUUGAUAGAUGUAUCUAUGUUAAAGCCUGAAAAUAUAUAUGAAAACAAUCAGUUGGCCUAUACUAUUGCCGAAAAACAUUUAGGAAUUCCAGCACUUUUAGACCCGGAAGAUAUGGUAGAAAAUGAAAUUCCAGAUAGAUUAUCAAUUUUAACAUAUUUGUCUCAGUUUUAUCAACGACUCGGACAUACUGUAAACACAAACACAAAAGUGUCUGAAAGUGAUCCUAAAGUAACAUCAUCAUCAACAACAAAUCAAGGAUCAACUCCAAUCAAAUUUGGAAAAGUGGCUUUAGAUAAAUGUGCCAUCUGUGGGUUGCCUGUAUAUCUAGCACAGAGACUCAUGGUGUCACAAAAGCUCUAUCACAGGAGAUGUUUCCGGUGCUCAAAAUGCUCUGGACAUUUAAAUCCUAAAAAUUAUCAUAUUGUUGAUUCAUCAAAUUUUUCUUGUGACUCAUGCAAAAAUGAACAGACCCUACCUAAGUUAGUAAAUAACAAUGACCAAAUAGGGAUGCUGGCAUAUAGUAGUGAAAUAAGCUCAAACCCAGUGAUUCUGAGAACUGAAGAGCCAGUAAGUCCAAAAGUUACCAAAACAAGACCGCAAUCAAUAUUAGAAAAAAUAAACAUGUUUGAAAAGAAUAUAGAAAAAGAUUCAAGUAUUGAAGACAAAGUAGGAAAUAUUAGCUUAAAAGAAAAUUUUAUUAAUAAGUAUAAAGAUAUAUCGAAAUUGGAUGAGGUUGAUAGGCCUACUAAUAUAGAAACUAUUGAUGCAAGUAGUUUAGAAAAGGAAUCAAAUGAAAAUGAUGAUAAUCAUUUAAAAACCGAUAAUAUUUAUAAAAAUCUUCCAGAAAAAGUGUAUAAAAGUAAUAUAGAUAAAUUUAAUUUUUUACAAACACAAUUAGCAAAUGAUACUCCAGAUCCCGAUAAUACUACAAAUACCAUGAAAGAUACUGACUCAAUACAUAUCAAAGACUGCUCUGAAAUUACUUCUUUGACUAAGGAGACAAAUGGCAUAUCAAAUGACAUUGAAAUAAAAAGUAAUGUAACCGACGAUAUCAGAAUAGCUCAAGGCAAUGGUAUUUCUAUGAAUUUAGACAUUUCAUCUUUGAAACUCAGUGAACCUAACAACAUUGAACCAGAAAUCACCAUAAGUGUACCACCUAGAAGAAAAAAACAAAAUAUUCCUGGAAAAAAAUUAACCGAACAUAAAGUAACACCUCAGUUAAUCAAACAAUAUCCUGAUCAUUUAAACCCUUUUUCCGAGGAUGAAGAUGAGCAUGACCAACAGGCAGUGCCCCAUAAAGUCAGCACAAACCCAUUUGGUAGCAGCGAUGAUGAAGAAGAUGAAGUUCCUUCAAUCCAACCAUCACCAAUUGUACCUAAUGCUCAGACAUCAACACCCUUAAAACGGCACAUUAAGGCGUACAAUCCUUUUUGGUCCGAUGGUGAAGAACCAUCUUCUGAUGAAGAAUUGGAAGAGAAGAGUUCAAACAUGCACAAAUCUUCAAUAACAACAAGCACACCGAAUCUCCCAUCGAGUUUGCCAAGACGGAGAAAGCCGAAAGCACCCCCGCCGCCUUCGAUUAUCGCCGAGCAUUUUGAUGUUCCUUCCACAUCCAUGGACGAUGUCGCAAGCAUAUCCUCAUUCAGCUCACAUACGUCCACUAUACACUCUGAUCAGAAAUCAUUCGGAUUAUCAACACCUAAAUCGAAGAAGAAGCGUCCAGCGCCUACGCCUCCCGACAGUCUUUCGACUGUGUCGGGUUUUGGUGGAUCAGCCGAAAAAGGAAUCGACUCUUUUGGCCUGCGCAAUACGUCCGAUGGUGCACGUAAAGUGAAAGGUCCGGCUCCAGGACUACCGCUGCCGGAGCGGCGCGAGGUGAAGAUGCAGAUGACGGUCGAGGAGUUACAGGUGCAGCUCGACAUGCUGGAGACCCAGCAGCUGGGCUUGGAGCGGCAGGGCGUGCUCAUUGAACAGAUGAUUCGCGACAAGUGUGAGGGUGACGACGGGCCUACGGCUCCGCAAGAGGAAAUAGAAGAUUUAGUUAUACAACUAUGUGAACUAGUCAAUGAGAAGAAUGACUUGUUUAGGAAGCAGACCGAGUUGAUGUACAUACGAAGACAACAGAGGCUGGAACAGGAACAAGCUGAUAUUGAGCAUGAGAUUAGGGUAAUACAAUCUCGACCUGCCGUUAACCGCAUCGAUGCAGAUAAGGUGCGCGAAGAGCAGCUGGUGUCGCGGCUGGUGGAGAUCGUGCGCAUGCGCGACGAGCUGGUGCAGCAGCUCGACGCCGAGAGACGUCGUGAGCGCCAAGAGGACCUCGCUAUCGCCGCCUCCAUCGCUACCAAGAGAGCACAAAGGAACAGUGAAUCAAAUAGUUCUUCCAUGAAGUCUACAGAUGCAGUAACACCGGUAAAGAAAAAUAAAGUGAAAGACAAGGUUAAGAAACAACUAAAAAAAGCAAAACAUACAUUAAUUUCCAAGAAAAAGGAUGAAGACAAACCGGACAAAGAAAAAAAGUCAAAGUGAAUUUGUAUAUAUUUAUGGUCUUUAAUAUUAUAGUAACUACUAACAUAGACCUUAAGCGAAAAUGACGUAUUAAAAAGAUCUUAUCUUAAAAUUGUAUAAAAAGCGUAUAAAGUACUUAAGAAGACUGAAACAUUCCACUGAACUUAUGCACAUUAAAUCCAAAUUGUCAGAUAAAUAAUUGAAGCUUCAAAAGGAAAACACUAUUAACAUUAUAAACCAAAUGAUGAAAUGAGAUUUUAAUAGCACAAGUACUUAGGCGAAAACUAUCAAACUUAAAAUCAUCGAAAGGUAAAUUUCGCGCUCUCUUUAAAAGCACAAUUUUUUUUUUUAAAGGGAGAAAAUAAUGUUGAAAUAUUCUAAUAUUGGUCAUCUAAUACUAUUUAGCGGUAUACACAGCACAAUAACAUUUUCUAUUGUUAAAUAAUACUCUGUUUGUAUUUGAUAUGUGAACUAUAAUAUAAUAUUUAAUUUUUAAAAAGUUCUACUUCUUACAAUUAAUUAUCACUUUAAAAAUCGCAAAUUAUUUUAAUUUAAUAUAUCAAUUUAAAUACAAUGCAUCAUUAUAAUUAAACUUAGCAGUUUAUUAUUUGGAAUAAUUUAAUUUAUCCAUAUUAGAAUCUCACUAUUGCAUUAUAGUUACAAACAAUGUAUAUAAAAAACCCAUAGAAAUAUCUGCUCGAAACACUAACUCAAUAUUUCAAUGCUUUUUAAAAUACAGCUGUGCCAUUGAUUUAAAUUAUAAAUAAUAAAAUAUGUUUUCAACGUUUUUGUCCUAAUUCAUACUGCCAUUUGAUAUUCUUUAUUAAUAAAAAUGUUCAGUGAAGGACAAUUUAGUGUUAAUUGGUUAUAUUAUUUAGAAGGCUGGAAGCAUGAGAAAUGUUUUCUAUAAUAAAUUAUUUGAUAUUUACUCCUCCCGAGUCUUUAAACUUGAAAAAUAAACUAUUGCAACUCAAAAACAUACAUAUAUAAUUAUUGUAACAAUUUGUUGUUUCUUAACUUAUGUCUUCUUAUUGCAUCUUUUAAUAUAUUAAUAGGCUAUUAUGGUAACGACGCAUUAAAUAAUUGUAUCAAGUAUGUCUUUAAAAAAAACAUUCAUUUACAAAUGUUACUGGUAUCAAAAAUGUGAGUUUGUGCACAGAUAGAUGGACAGAAUAGUGUUAUUGCUUACAUUUAUUAUGCCAUAUCUUGUUAAAGUUAGGUAUUUAUGAGUAAUACCAAUGACUAUGUGAUGAUUACUAUUUCUUAAAUAAUAAAUUUAUUUAACAGAUCAACUGAAGUUAGUUAUGCUGUAGACGUAUUUAUAUUGUUUAUGAAAGGGCUUAUAAAUAAAAUAAAACAAUUUAUAUAUAAAAAAUGUGCUGUUCACAAAUAAAUCAAAAAAUAAAAUGAUUCAUUCAGGUAUUCAUGAACAUUUCAGGUAUUUACAUUUUUUUUAAUAAUAAAAUAUAUAGUCAUUGUAUAAGUUAAUUUCCAAAUUAAUUAUAUUUACAACUGUUGAGCACGCAAAAUAUUAUAUAAUACUCCAUUUAUUUAUUUUUUGCUAAAUAUUAUUUUUUUUAUAAUAUUUACAUUUGUUAUAAAUGUUGUACAUUUACAUAUUACAAAUUAUAUUAAACCAUAACAUAUUAAAGAUAGUCUCGAUAAUUUUUUUUUACCUUAUGUAAGUGCACUUAAUAUGGAUCUUAACAUUAUUGCACAAAGAUAAUAUACUUUUUUUAAGUUUAA